CGACAAUAUUUGCAGAAGAAAUGGCUUUUACCCAGACAGUGCCCAAGUUGCUGGAGAUCUUCCACACGACCAACUCCGUGGAGGAAAAAUGCGCAGCCCUGCUUCAUUUUCGGAGCAAUUUCGCUAAAGCCAAAUCGCCAGAGGGAAUAACAGAGGCCGAUUUCAGCGCCUUGUAUAAAAUAUUGGUCUCAGCGGACGACGCAAAAAUACAACAGGAAGCAUGUUGUACACUAAACAUUAUUUUGAUGGACCAAAAAUACACCAAGCCAAGUUUCUUUGAAUCUGUUUUACAGAUUGACACUAAAAUUAGCAAGCUUAGAGUUUUUUCAAUUUUGGAAAAAAUGGAGGACAAUGCGGUAUCAGUAGUUGCUAACGAUCCGCAGAUUAUUAAUUUCUAUAUUAACUGUUUCCAAUCCAUUGACGUAAAAACAAUGCCGUGGCUGUCGCCGACUUUUUGCACAGAUAAUUUGCAAAAAUUAGUUGCCUGCGAACAGAAACCACUGACUGAAGAUGAGAAGUUGGAGGAGAAAAUCGUUUUGCAGUCUUUAAACUUUUUGUCACGGAUCUUUAGAAAUGUCAAAAUACUUUCCUCAAAACAAGUCCAAUUGUGCGAUUCGCUCGUCAUGGACAAAGUCAUAAGCUUGGCUUACAUGGGUCUGAAAAAUCAACGAGAAGAAGCUCUCAAACUCUUUGACGAUGCUAUCAAAGCCGACAUGGGAAUACGCGUACGGCACAUGUCUCCAAAUUCUUGGAUUGCCUACAAAAAAAUGUUACAAGACACUUACUCUGCGAGAAUGUGUCUCCUUGUCGCCUCUUUUUAUCCCGAUUGGGCGAAUCUCUGGAACAGUAGUAUUGAACUUUUGGGAAGAGAUCUUCAUCGAGGAGCUGGACUGAUCAACAAUCUCCUGAGUGUCGAAGAGAAGGCUUUCAAAUCAUCAGAUACCAACAUUCGACGGCAAGCUUUCUAUUCCUGGAAACUGCUCGUCGACAAUUUUGCUCUUGACCCGCUGGAAUUGGCGAGUGCAAGGCGAAUUAAAUUGCUCUGCGUACCUCUGAUUGCGAAAAACAGCAAAACGGAAGUGAUAGCAUUCGCAAAGUUUGAAGUCUGGUGGCACUUGAUUGUAAAGGUCUAUAGCGAUCUACCCAAGUUUGUCACUUCCGUUUUGGCUCCCUUUUUAAACUUUUGCUUUGGGCCCUUGGGUGACACACCUUUGCUAUCGUCCACCCUGGAAAUUGUCGCCUCUCCUGGCAAAAGGUUUCCGAAGACAAAGUUGGCAUCGCUGGAUACGUUACUGCAGCUGCUGGCCGCCAAAGAGGCAAAUUUCGGUGUUUUUGUCCCGGUUUUGGAGGAGAGACUUCCAUAUGCUGUGACCUCCACGACUUUUGAAGAGAGCUACAAGACUUUUACGCAUAGUGUUUUUGAGGCAUUACUUAUUCUUGGACAGUUUGAGGAGAAGGAAGUUCCGAAUAGGAAGCGAAUUGGCGCACUUUUAUGGAGGAGUUUGCUUUCCAAGAUUGAGGAGACGGCUGAUGCAAAAAAGGCUGUCAUAUACAAGGACGUAAUUCUAGUCGUCACAGAAAUUACACAUCACAUCUCGAAUAAUCCUUUGAUAAAGAAUCUUCUUUAUGACGUCAUUCUGAUCUCUCUUGCUGAAACAGCAGCAAGUUUUGUCUUCUCUGAUGACACUUUAACAAAUUUAAUCAAAGUCCUUUUAAACGAGAUGAAUCUGAAUGAGCACAAAAAAGAGUACUGUGAAGCGAUAAAAAGGCUCCUGUUGCAAACUGUUAAAUCAAAAAACGUGACUACCGCUCCACUAAGUAAGCUGCAGUUACUCAGUUCUGUAUUAGAGAAAAUACGAAAUGCGAGACCUGGAAGUAGUAACACAAAUAUGUUGGUUGAAAUGUGGUGUAUGCUAGCUGAAGUUUCGACAAAGUAUAUGGAAAUUUGUCAACAAAUAAACGAAGGGGACGCAGCCCAACACAAAUUUACAACAAUUGAAGCCAUUUUGGCCUAUCCCUUUUCCUAUUUGUUUUUGGAUGAUCCAGCUCAGAUACAAAGAGUUAUCACCUUUUGGUGGAGCAUGUACAAGCUCUUUGAUUCACAAGCAGACUUUGAGCCGACCAUCAAGCCCAAUGAAAUAUUAAUACAAACUUCAAACAUGCUUAGAGAUGCUCUCAAAAAGGAAAAAAGAUGUUUCCCGCUUUUUGCUGGAUGUUUAAAUGUUUUAAUCAGCAAUAUCAACUACCAGUCCUUACUCGGGGAGGAAGACGUGCCAUCAAUCGUUCACCUGAUAAAUGAUCUCGUCGCCUCUGUGUUCAAAGAAUCUCAAUUCAAUUCCUUCGAAGUUGUUUUAAGAUCGCUCUCCGCACUUUUGAUCACAGUUUUCGGGCUGAAUAUGAAGAAGUCGAUUCAAUAUUUAGAAGUUGUCAGGCCAUCAAUCGAGUUUCUACUGUCUCAAAAAACGUCGGAAUUUAUAGAAAAGGAGAUAGCGGAUACCUGGGAUACCGUUGUAACCAUUUUCAAAGGUGUCAGCAAGCAUCUCACAUACGAUUUGCUUUCAUGUUUCCAAAAAUGCAUUGUCCUGGCUCUGUGUCAUACAAAUCCGAAGAUUAUUUCUCAGGCUCAAGUGAUUUUAGGCCUCGGUAGCAAUCUUGAGGAAAAGGCGAAAAAAUUGCUAGCGGAAUUGGGAAGUUUCUCCAAGAAGUCGUCAGUUGUUGUCGAAUCGAAGGGAGAUACAAAACCAAAGGCAGAUGCUAAACCGAAACAGGUGAAAGUCUCUGGUAGUUUUUUGAACAGAAAAUCCACCGCUAGCCCGAUUCCUCACAGUUUUGUUAGUCCGGCGUCUAAUAAAUCGAAGAAGCAAACUCCUGUACCACCAGAUCCGGAUUCGCAGGAUUACGUUGUCAUCAAGUCGGACAUUAAAUUUGACGUAAAUCGUCUAACGGAACACCAAAAGGAAUCGUUGAAGAAGAGACGCGAUGACAUACCUGCUUUGUACAACGAUCUCUCCCAAUCUGGCUCCCAAGACUCGCAGGAAUUGCAAAAGUGGUUCGAUGUGAAGCAGGUGAACAAGACCGACAGCUCCAAGAGACUGAGCACAAAGUGCGAUUCAAAUAAAGAGAACAAAGUGUCAGUGUCUGAGUCGAAACCUGCAUCAAAGGCAGAAGACUCAAGCAAAGAAGUACCUCAGAUUAAAGAGGGAGUCUCUGAAACUGAAGUCCCGGAACCGGAAACUGAUAAGGAUUCCGUGGCAGAAACAUCUAUAGCCAAGAAGCUGGACUUUGAAUCCCGGGAGGAAUUUCCCGAUAAUAAGGAGGCUGAUAAUCGAAAUGACGAGGAGAGCGCAGAAUCUAAAACUGCGCCAGAGCCGGUGAAUCGAGCAAAGAAACGGAUGAGAUCUCUUGGUAGUAAACAUACUCCCGAAUCGGGCAAGAAGACAAACAAACGUAAAAUCGAUGAAGACGAGGCUGAUCAUCAGAAGCGGAAGAAGAUAAAUCCUUCCGAAUCAUCGGAUAAUGAAAGUAUCCAGUCCUCCGAAAACGAGGAGGUUCUCAAUAAACGCGUCAAGUCGGAGAUUUCUCGAUUGCAAAUUGACAUGGUGCGUUCAGUUUUUGAACCACUGCCCAACCGGCGUCGCUCCAAGUUGAUCGAUUGCACCUGCAAGGAUCCCCUUUGCAAGAAAACGCAUUCUCCCGAGCCAAAAGUUCGGCUGAGGUCUGAAGGCAAACCACCGGAGCCCGGCCGAAAACCAGGCAGACCUCCUGGAGAUUCGGUGAAGAAGCGUGCCAGGAAAAACUCGAAGCAGGACGCGGAUGAGGAGAAAAAAGCCAGUAGAAAGUCCCUGCCUAAAUUGGAGAUAUUUAAAGGGUCUGAAGUGUCGGAAGAAAAGUCUUUGGAGGCGAAGAAAGACGAUAGCCAGCUGAACGGCGAGGUGGAUUCGUCUGUGACUGAAAGCUUCCAGGACUCGGAGGAGAUUGUAGAAAGUUCUCAGGAUGUCACCUCGAAAUCGAAGAUAGUUAAUCGUUUGAGUGACAAGAAACUGCUCGUCAAAAUCGACAAAAUAAACUCAAAACUGAAGGGCGCGGUGCAGAAUACUGAACCGGAAAAGCCGGAGAAGGUAGAGAAGCCUGAGAAGGUAGACGAGAAUGUGGAAAGUGUAGUGGAAACUGUCGAAGAAGCGAAAGAAGCUCUAAUCGAAGACGAGACAACUUACAUGGAAACUCUGGAGAAUCAGGCUCUCGCUGAGGUUGCCGAAAUCAAGAAACAUCAAAUGUCUCCCUCGGUGAAAUCCAACUCGGUUCAUCUGUCCUCCCCGAAAGGAAUAGUGAAGAGAACCUCAAAAAUAAAAGCCUAUCCUCUCCAGGGUCGUGCAGCUCAGAUGUUGGGCUUGGUUACCAAGCAAGGUUUGAUGGAAAAGGAUGCGAAGGUCGAGGACGAUACCAAGAAAUUGGUAGUGGUUCAAGUGGUCAGAAAGGCAGAAUCUGAUAAUGCGACAAGCGCGAAAAAAGAGAAGUCAAAGGAGACGGAGAAAAUGGGAAAUCCGAGUGGAAGUCGUCAGGAGAAGAUAUUCAAUAAUAUGAAGUCUGCUGAUUAUUGUGCCUCACCGCCCUCGAAACUGUUUGGCAGUUUGAAGAAUGACGGGGAGAAAAUUUCGCCGAAAGUAGCCAAAAGUUCGGAUUCUCUCGCAUCCGAAAAAUCGACGUCAAAUGAAAAAGAAAUGGGCGAACUCUCACCAACCCGAGAUUACCAACUUCCCAUGCUCGAGUGGUCGAGUGCAAAUCCACCCUCGUUGACGGCAUCGCCGAGCGCUGGAAUUCUCAAGCGACACAAUCAGUCGUUGCCGGAUCUCUCGGGAGAUCCCGAGUCUGUCACGCCGAACAAGCGAAAGCGAGUGAGCUUUGCGGAUCCGCCAGUUUCCCAGAAGAUGGGAUACGAAGUCGCGACUGGCGAGUCGCCACACUCGAUGAACAAACCAACUCGAAUUCACUCGAUGAGGAAGGACACGCCCUUGAGACCAAGGCAGAACAGGAUGCGUAUGUUCCAGAUGGACGUGGAGAAGGUCGACAAGAGCGAAAUGCCGUUUGAGGGAACGAAUGGAAUUGAGGUUGAGACGGAGAAGGUGGACGAGCUCGUGGAAAUUCCUGAUGACUUGGCCUUCACCGAAGACACCCUGAUGAAAAUGCAUGGCGAGGUUGCCUGUCCGGAAAGCAGCACUCCAGUCAGAGUCUCGGUGGACAGUUCGAAGGAAGUGACGAUCGGAGAUGUCUCGGCCCCGAAGGUGGAAGCUGAGGAAUCGAAAAGUGAAUCGGCGAAACUCGUCGAGGAGAUUUUCGGCACUCAGGAAGAUAUGUUUGCAGCUGGUGAUACGAGCGACGACAGUUUGAAGAUGUUGAAUCAGAGCGCUGAGAAGAAAGACAAGGGGAACAAUUCGGAUCACCUCGUUUCGUUGGAUUCGAUCAAGUUUAAUUCGACGAAUGAUUCCCUCUCGGAUACGGCGAGUUUGCCGAAAGAUGCGAGCAAGAAUGGAUCCCUGGAAGACACGGUGGAUGUGCAGAAUGUUUCGAGUUUUGACUCGACGGAUGAGGCCUUUUGUGGGAAGCCGAUUAGAUGCAGUACGAGCGAGGCGGAGCAGGAUACUUUGCCAGUUACAGAUUCGGUUUUUGGCAGUAUCAGCCAGGAGACGCAGAAUUCCACCCAGAAUGUCGCUAAUUUACCGAAACCGGAAUGUCUGGAUUCCACGCAACCAAUUUUCCCGCCGCUUGUGAAAUGUACAGAACCGGUGACGGCGAUUAUCGAAAAUUUGGCUAAUCCGCUCUGGGUGAAUCAUCUGUCUUCGUGUCUUGCGAGCAGGGAAAUUCGCACGAUUGGACAUUUGGCGAGUUUGUCGGAGAGGGAAAUUAACAGGAUUCCGGUUAAGGGCAAUCCAAAAGUGGAUUUUGUAAAGAGUGUAUUGGCCAAAUUUGAGAGUGGAAAAACUGGUGUUGCAGCGACUAAUUCAGAAAAUGCUCAUCUAGAGAAGACACCAUUGGAGGGAACAACUGCACCUGCUCAAAACAGUUCCGUCUAUCCCGAUAUUGAAACUUCAGUUGAAGAACCUACUUUAUCGUCAACUUUGGGUCUCAGCAAUUUAGAGCUAAACAGUGAAUCGCUGGGCGGAACUUCCGUGUCAGCCGUCGAAUCAAAGAAAGUGAAACCUCAAACAUCUUCGAGGUCCGUCUCUGUCCAAAUGGAGUUGUCUGAUCUCCUGGACGAAAUAGACGUUAACCAAGUCCUGGAAAGUGCAGUAAGAAGAUGCACGCCUGAAAGUCUUAUUGCACAGUACAAGGCAAAAAUGCGUCACAUGCCCGAACACGAGCUGGAAGCCGAGACACUGAGGAUGCUAGGACUCGAGUUGAAACCAAAUCACAACGAAGUGACCCUGAAAUCAGCCUGCAAAGCCUGUGGAAUAGACAAGGUCCUUCUCAAACUUCCGGACAUAUUCAGAGGCGAGAAGCAGUUCUUCGCCAAGGUUCUGAGUACCUAUCAGAAGAAAAUAAAGGUCAGUGACUGUGUCAAAGCCCUGAAUGAAGAAGAGCUGAAGGAGGCUCUCUGUCAGAAGUGCAAAUCUUCCGAUCUUGCCGAGAUGCUCUCUAAGUGUUUGAAAAUGGAGGAGGGUCAAGGCGUGGUUGAAUCGAUUUCGGAUCCACCUACUUUGGACAGGAUUCUGAAGCGAGUGCCUGCCGAUCUUCUCAUCAGUCACACCGUCGCCAAUGACGAACUCAUUCCCUCCCACAUUGUCCUCGACAUUGCUCUGCAAAAUAAUACCGAUAUCGCUAUCGCCCAGUCGUUGAACACCCAGCGAGAGGACAAGAAAGAGGGCGUCUUCCACAAACUUUGGACGACAUCGUCGGCUCUGACGCACGUGGAAAAGGAAGCGAGCGAAGCAGAGAUGCUGGAAAUAAUCAAAGCAAUUGGUCUUCGUCUGAGGCCGGAAAAGCUCUUGGAGGCUUUCAAGGAUUCGAUGAAUACGGAAAACGACUCGAGCGAAAAUGUACUUUUGGGACUGUUUAAGGUCAUCAGUGCGAAACUGCAACCGAAAACACUUUUGGACGUAUUCUACGAGUGUAUGAGGAACAAGAUAACAUCGAAAGAUAGUUAAUUUCGUGGUGAAUUUUCUGAUGACUGACGAUAGAAUAGAGAAAGAGGUGGUAGCUGAUGAAGAAAAAAACAAAAGAAACAAACAAAUUUUCUAAACUCGAUUUAAAUUAAUUUAAAAAGUGUUUUUUCAAAUUCGUCAACAUUGUAUUCUGUGCUCGAGUUUACAAUUUGUUUUCUUCAAUUAAUCCCGCAUAUGAGAUUAAUUACUGAAAAAAAAUUAUGCUACUUUAAUUCAUUGACCGGGAGCUUUAAAUAGUAUUUUGAAGUUUCCCUCUGCCUCCUCAAUUGAAAAUUAUUAUUUUUCAAGGAUAUAUAUUUAUAUAUGCAAUAAAAAUAUAAGAUUUCGCAAGAUUCGCAUGAAAAAAAAAUUAUUUUCUCUUCUGUAUAUUCUUCGAUACGCGUAGAUGUUGGCUAUUUAAAUUAGUUUUGAAUGAUUUAUAUGUACGCGAAAUUGUUCCAUAGAGUUUACGAAACAUUGUACAAAUCAAGUUAGUUUACGAACUAAAUGAGUUUGCGAAUCCUGAACAAAUAUCUGUGUGGCUGCUUCGAAAUUGGGACUUUCCAAAAUCCGUUUCGACUACUUUAAAAGCGAUUAAAGUAUUAAAGAAAAAAAAAGCGUGGACAAAAAUUGAAAUAUAAUAAACGCUCUGGCGGAAUUUUGAUUUACGACACGUCGCGAGCGAUUUAAUAAUUAUUUAAUAAGCGACUUAUGUUUUUAAGUGAUAGGUGUAGAGCUCUGUAAAUAAAGACACGAUUGACAUUCUGAAGUGAUAAUUUUGUAAGGCACGAUUCUUUGUGCUCCAUUUUGGAGUAUACUUUUUAGUCUUGCUAUACUACUAAGGGGGAAGAAAUAGGUAUAGACAUUAAAGAUUAAAGUUUGGCAACCGCGCUGAUGAAAACUCUUGCACUCUUGUUCGUUUCCUCUUAAAUUUCUUGAAUGUCAUUUAAUUUGUACUAGUCUUGGAACGAAAAUAACUCUCGUACAUUUUAACUGACAAAAUAAUAAUACGGAGCUGUUAUUAGUACCUUCUGUAAGUUGCAACUGUAUAUACAACAAUAAAUAUUUUGAGUACAA